AUGAGGACUACAACAAGCAUUGAAUCAACAACAUGGUUUGAUCGGUUACCUACUGAAAUUAUUUUUACAAUAUUUGAUUAUUUAUCAAAAAAGGAUAUCAUUUAUACAUUUCUCUUUUUCAGUCAACGACUUAACAAUUUAUUAUUACGAAAUCAACAUUAUAUAAAUCAUUUACAACUACCAACAAAGAAUUUUGAUACAUGGAAAAAUAUUCUUUCAGUUAUUGGACCUCGAAUAGAAUCAUUAGACAUAACUUCAAUUGAUUUAUCUAUUCCAUUAGAAUAUUUUUUAAAUCUAAAAUCGAUAAUUAUUUCCACACCUUAUGGUCUCCCAAAUGAUCAAAUGAAAUUAAUCUUUGAAAAUCGAUAUUGGUUUGAUCAUAAGUGGACAUUUGGAACGCAUGGAACAUAUUUUUAUACAUUACCAUUUCAUUUCGAGUACCUUCAUAAUUUUUGUGGUUUUGAUAAUAUCAAAUCUUCGAAUUCUGAAGUUCUACUAACUAAUCCUCGAAUAUGGUAUACUGUUAAAUAUAUUGAUUUGUAUUAUAGAUCAACUUAUGAUAUUAACUUUCUGAAAGAACUCAAAAUGGAAAUGCCUAAAUUAAUUUUUAUCAAGCAUCGUUCAUUCUACAAGAAAAAUAAGGCUGAAAAAGAAAUUGAAGAUUUGUACGUAGAUGAAAAUGAAGAAGUGAAAAAUCAUAUAACAUUGUAUAAUAUGACGACUAUUCAAUUUGAUCAUGGAUCAAUUGAAAAUAGAAAAAAAUGGUUAAUUAAUGCAUUACCUAACUUAAAUCAUUUGAUUUUAUCUACUAUUGAUUUACCUUCUCCAGAUAGUCAAUCAGCUGAUCUACUUAAUAAAAGAAUUCGACGAUUAGAUAUUAAUACAACAAAUUCUUCACUUAAACAAUUAACAGAAAUAAGUUAUGUUUAUUUUUCAAAUGUUGAACAUAUAUAUUUUGAAUUGUUCUAUGAUCCACAGAGAAGAUCUCAAUGGUAUACAGAUAUUGUUAGAAAAAUAUUGAAGAAUUUCAAAAGUUUAGAAAGAUUAAUAAUUCGUAGUUUUCCAGAGAAUGGAAAUAUCAGCAAUGCUAUGACAAGAGAUUUGAUCAACAUUUUUGAAUAUUACGAUAUGAUAGAAAUUAAGAAAAACUUUCAAAUGAAACAGUUUGGCGAAUGGAUCUUAUUUUCAAAAGAUGGAUGGAAUGAUAGCAAGGUUCAGAGUGGUACACUCUCAUCCAUUUUAAGAAAAUUCAAAUUUUUUAAAUUAAGAAAAUCUUAA